CAUACUUUUAUGUAACAUAUCCAUAUAUACACACGCGCGCGUACGCGACACAGCAUACACAUCAUAUACGCACACAUAUUACUGCGCAAUACUCUCGAAUUAUUCUAUUCUAUCUUAUUUACAGAUUCGCAUAGAAUAACAGUUUUGUCAAAAGCAUAUGAAAAUAAGACUAUUGCUUGAAAUAACGUAUCAAAUUCCUAAUCUGACGUGUAUCGAAUUUUACAAUAAAAGUGUUAAAAGUUAUUACAAUAUUCGGCAAAUGAUAAAAUCGUGAAUAUAACGUAUAUGCGUUUCACAUAUAAUUAUACAAUUUGUUUUUCGUUUAAAGUUAAGGUGCAUGAUGUUAGCGUAUUCUCUGUAAUCCCUGAUUGUUUUUAGAACAUGUUUAAUAUCGAAACAAAUAUUUUCAAUUACAUUAUGUUGGUGUUAUAUGCUAAAUAAAAAUCACAUUUUUAAUUAUGGAUGUUAUUAAUAUUGAUUGAGUCGCAUAUGUAUGGUUAUACGGAUAUUAGAUCUGUGUAGAAUUGCUUAAUAAGUGCAGCAGAAACCUCGAUGGCAUUAUGGAGAAGUUUGUGAUUGACUUGGAUAAAGUUCUCAAUGAUUUUGAAUUCAAUGAAGAUUGCGCAGAACAAGUAGCAUCAGUGGCAACUUCUACAAUUAAAGCAUCUACGAAUAAGCAUGCUGAACCUGUGCCUCCAAAAAUAUACAAUAUUAAUCCUGGAAAAAGCAUAGCGAUUGAUACAAUAUCAUCUUUUGAAAAACACAGAGAUCUUCGGCCAAUAGAUGUCGAUUGUAGAUAUUUAUUAACUGAAAAGAAUGUAGCAGACAGUAAAGAUUCUGUAAAGAAUUUUUACACGCAUGAUUGUGAGAGUGACAAUUCAGAACAGAAAUCAUGCGUUCAUACUCAUACUCCUGAUCAAAUGUCUUUGACAAUAUAUAAUGACAUAUCGUGUAAUGUAAUACAGAAACAACAAAAUGGAAAUAAUGAUUCAAAGGAUAGCAAUAGAUAUGAUAAAAAAUUAAAUCAACCAAGUUUCAAGCCUAGUAUCAGCAAUGUAUUUAAUAGUUUAAAUGAAUAUAUCAAUGCUCCUACUGGGAGCUUAAGUUAUGUUCAGCCUACAUUAGAUGAUCUACCUAAAAUGUCCAUAGAUAAUAUAAUGGAGAAAGAUCUUAUAUUGAAUAAAGAUAUAGCAACCACUAAUAAAUAUUCAGUUUCAAAGAAAAAAGACAUAACAGAUGUAAUUGAUAAAAAUGUCUUGGAUUAUAAAAAUAUCUUACCAAUGGAAGCAAAUACAUUUGUCGAAGUUGAAGUUGGUAACAAACAAGAUAAUGCAAUGCAGAAUGUUACAUCACAAAAUUCUACUCUAAUACAAUCAGAAAAAAAUAAUAGCAGUACUACAAUCUUUGUACCGAACACAAUUGUUUCAAAAAAUGAAUAUGAUAAUAAUACCAUAGGUAAAGAGAUGUUUAAAACUGAUGUUAAUGAAAAAGCUUUGGUUAAUGAUGGCAUGUUUAAAGAAAUUUAUGAAAGUAUUGCUAAUGAACAUAAGCAUUUAGACUUAAAAGAUCAAAAUUUCAUUGAUAAAUGUGUAUUUAUCGAAAAUAAGGGAAGCAAUUCUGUAUUUGAAAAUACUACCAAAUUAAAUACAAGUAUAAUGAACAAUAAAGAUCAUAAUGAAAAUACGGAAACGAUUAAGAGCUGCAACAUUUUAUCAAAUAUGUUACAUACAAUUGAUACUAGUGAUGACUUUUCCGAGGAAAAACUAAAUCAGUAUUUGUUAGAGUUGGAAAAAGAAGAAAAAUCUAAGAUGGAAGAUAUAUCACAUUUGGAUGAUAUUUGGUCACUACAAACACAUGACAAAGUAAAAGAUGGUAAAGAAAACAUUCAGUGUCUUCAAAAUGAUAUUAAUGAAGCACCAAUAGUUGAGAAAAUUAUAAUUAGUGAACUUCCAAAAAUAUCUGAAGAAGAUAUUCAGGAAAAAGUAAAAAAAUUUCCUGUAACUGAUUAUAUAGAUACAUGUAAUAAAUAUAUACCAGAUGUAGAAUGUAAUGAUGCAGUAAAAACUGUUUUUAAUGAAAAAAGUAAUUCAGAUGGACAAAAUAAUGAGCUGGAUAAAAUAAUAAAAGAUAAGGAUAAAAUUGAGACAAUUGAUCAAGAUAUAGUUAUAUCAGAGGAUACCUUGCAAUCUGUAUCAAAUGUUGCUGUUGAAAUAAAAAUCACAUCAAAAUUUGAAAAUGUUAAAGAACAGGAUAAUAUUAAUAUGACACAGAAAUUACAAGAUAUCAAUACAGAUACGCAAUUACAGGAUAACAAUAAUGUUAUAGAAAAUUUAUCACAAAAUAAAGAUUAUAACAAGAAAGAAUAUCACCAAGAUAUAAUUGUAGAUAGCAAAGAUGUUAUUCCAUUAAAUGAUAAAAUACAUGAUAGUGGUUUGAUUUCUAAGAUGGAAAUUGCUGAAAUUACUGAUACUUGCACAAUCUCUUAUGCAAAUGAAAAUAAUCAGGAAAUUGGAAAACCAGCUCGUCCUCAGACAUUGGAUAUUAUUUCAACACAUGAUAAAAAUGACUGCCAUACUCUUGGAUCAUUAAGUACUACACCAGGGGAACUGCAACAUUCAGAAACCAGAGGCAUUAUUGAUGAAGAUCGGGGUGCUUCGUCGGAUGUUUCUGAUAAUUCCUUAGUCGAAUGUAAUACCAUAUUGGGAAAGCAACCUCCGUUUUGGGUUCCAGAUAGUGAUGCACCUAGUUGUAUGUUAUGCGAUAUUAAGUUUACUGUACUUAAAAGACGUCAUCAUUGUCGAGCUUGUGGAAAGGUAUUAUGCAAUAGAUGUUGCAAUAUGAAAUAUAGAUUGGAAUAUCAGGGAAACAUUGAUUCUCGCGUUUGCGUCCCGUGUUAUCAUUUACUCACAAAAGCUGAAAACGAGCAAGGAACUAGUUAUAAUUGGUCAAGUAGUUAUAAUUCAUAUGCAGAUUCUAGUGAUGUCAAUUCCUUACAGGAAAGACAGCCUAAUCCAAAUAAUCCUAUGGAAUACUGCUCAACUGUACCACCCUUGCAACAGUUAGCAGGCGGUUUACCACCACCACCAACAGUGAUGGUACCUGUGGGCGUUUUAAAGAGAGAGGGUUCAAAACAUCGUACAGAAGGACAAAAAUCUGUAAUGUUCAGUGACGGAAUAAGGCCUGGCUGUGACCUGACAGAGUUAGACACGUGUUGGGACCCGAAGCCAUCGUAUCGUAAGCAAGGAAAUAAACGGAUUUUUGCAUCGGAAUCCACGUUGACAGACACCGCGGCGAGGAAACAGAGUCAUCCUCUUCUAGACAAUACAACUAACAGUUAUAUACCGCAUGAUCCUAAUUUAUUGCCUCCGAACGUCACUAUACACAAAGGCCAAAUUACGUAUCAUCCACCCAUGGAUGAAAGCGUACUUUAUAAGACGCUAAAAAAUGAAUGCGAAUCACCGGUAAUGUUCGCAAUUAAUCGAAAUCUGUAUGCGUAUGUGAAAAUAAUUAAUUUAAACUGCUGUGUAAACAAGAUUUGCUGGAAUGUGACAUCAAGAGGUCUUGCUUGUGUUGGCCAAGACGAAGUUAUUUUAUUAGUUGAGAUUUUACCGGAUGAAACGCGAAUUCCAAAGGAUAUUCUCAUAUAUAUCAAUCAACUAUAUCUUGAAGCUAUUAAAGGUAAUACAAUAACGGAACUCGGAUUUUCGAUAUAUCAAGGUAGUAACCUAUUGGGUUCACGUGAGCAUUCGGGAUUUCUUUUUAUUCGUCAAACAUUACAAUGUUUACAAAAAAUUAUUUUACCACCUGCACCUUUCCUAAUCGGACUCUUGAUUCAUAGGUGGGAAACUCCAUGGGCUAAAGUAUUUCCAUUAAGACUUGUUUUACGUCUUGGUGCGGAAUAUCGUUAUUAUCCUUGCCCAUUGGUAUCUGUUCGUUUCCGGGAUGCGUUAUACUUCGAGAUUGGACAUACCGUCAUGAAAGUAUUAGCGGAUUUUAGAAAUUUUGGAUAUACUUUACCAGGAGUAAGAGGCUUAACAAUUCAUCUUAAGAAUCGAACGACGGAUGUUAUGUUUCCUAGAAAUCGAUAUGACCAAGUUAUAAAAGGACUUUAUAACUCGAACGAUCAUGUAUUGGCUUAUGCUUCAAAUUUUAGUAUAGCCGCUGAUUCACAUUUAGUUUGCAUACAAACAAAUACUGGCGACGAAAGCAAUUAUCAAACGCAAGCGAUAAAUAUUCACAACAAACCAAGAACAGUAACCGGUGCUAGUUUUAUUGUUAUCAAUGGUGCUCUGAAAUCAUCAAUGGGACUUUCUGCCAAGUCCAGUAUUGUAGAGGAUGGACUAAUGGUAGAAAUAAUGCCAGAAAAAAUGGAAGCUUUGAAAGCUGCUCUUAAAAAUAUGCAAGAUUUUUCAAUCGGUUGCGGACGUCAGGGAGCACUGGAACCGGACGAGACUGUAUAUAUAAAAUGGGUCGAUAACGAUGUGCUGUUUAACUUGGGGGUCAAAAGUCCCAUUGAUGGACAAUUAAUGGACGGUAUACCAUCUAUUAGAGUACAUAAUGGCACCGAUUAUAAAGGUGCAACCCGAUUUAUACGCUGGACAGAAGUAUUUAUUAUAAAAUCAGAUGAUCAUUCGAGUGGUGUGAAUGAUCCUGUGGAUAUAAAUAAACUAUCUGGAAAUAUAGCAAAAGCAACAUGUGCGGCAUUGGUUAAAUUGUUGGAUCUUCUAGCGACAGCAGGUUUAACGAAACUUGGAGUGCGAGCAACUAUUCAUUCAGACAACGUGGGAUAUGAAGCUGGAAGCGAGGGUAUAAAAUUGCCGCCUAUCUAUAUGAAGAGCUUAGAUAAUGAAUUAAUUCAAGUUUUACAUAAAGCUGCACAAAAUAGUCAGGAUGCGCAUACAGUACUUGAAUUGAUAUUCUAUGUACUUGAAGAUUGAGAAAUCCCUCCUGCUCAUGUGAAUCACCGAAACAAGACGCAGAUCACAUAUUUUGGAGCUGUCCUCAUUACAACAAAGAAAGCUGCUUCUAUCUCAACUGGCGAAACACAAGAAAACAUCAUCAUUUGGAAUUCAAGAGAUUUUGAAGAACCCUUCCUCUGGGAUUAUUCACGCUCUCUACUUCUUUCUUAAAUCUUCCAACCUUAAUAUAUAAAUUUGUUCUUUUCCCUGUUACUUUUCUUUAUUUUUAUUUCCACACUCGAUAACUAGUUGUUGGCCGAAUGUCCUGAUCACAUUUAGAUCGGACGUGGCCAUUAAGACUAAGAAGACGAAGAAGAAGAAGAGCUGCGAGAUCGUGGGAAAUGGGAGCCCCUACCAUUUACCGCGGGACUUACUAAUACAUAGUCAGUACAUCAUAGCGUGUACGUGAGAGCUGCUACAGCUGCACCCUUAUCGCGAGACUUACUAACACAGACAUAGCUGCUACGUCAAGAAGUGUGCGUGUAGCCUUGCGCCCUGCGCCGCGGCAGGUUACAAAUUACGAACUUUACUGAGCGAUCACGAAAACGCUCGCUGCUCGUGCAUGUUCACUCACCGAAUUUUCAUAUUCGCUUGCAAUAUAUGCAAUAUAUAUAUAUAUUUCUAUGCAAUACGACAGAAUAAAUGCAAAUAGUAGAAUAUAAUUAAAAUAGAAAUAGAAUAUUUAUAUUACAUGUAAUAGAAUAAAUAAAAUUUAUCUUCCAUUCUUUUAUGUAAGAAAAAUAACUUGAUAAUAAAAU